UUGCGAACCAAUGGGAUCUAUGAAUUGUUUUCACAUUCAAGCCCCUAUAUCGAUAUGUUCGAAAUUGCAAGUCGAUUCUGUAUGAGUCAGACUGGAAGGGAUAUAUGCCGAAGUGUUGUAUACAUCUUGUUUGGCCCAUCAAAUCUUUACAAAGAUGAUUUGUUGGCAAAAAUCAUCAAUCAUAUACCGGCCGGUUCGAGUUAUAAACAAUUUAUUCAUUAUGUACAAAUUGCUGUGGCACAUCGUUUUCAACAUUAUGAUCACGGUAUCAAAAUGAAUUUGAAGAUCUACGGCACGCCAAAACCUCCAGAAUACAAUUUAACCAACGUUCGUGCCAAAGUUCACAUUCUUCAAGGAGCUAACGACUUACUAACUCAAACAGAGAAUGUUCCAUUAUUGGCAAAAGCCAUGGGUUGCUAUCCAGUAGCCAUUUCACAUGUUCCCGGCUUCAAUCACAUUGAUUUUAUUUUCGGAUCGAAUCUGGAUAAAAUUCAUAAGAAAAUAUUUAAAGUAUCAAAGAUUUUCUAUUGAAAUGAAAUGUUAUCAAUCAUUUUAAGAUGGAUACGCUUCAAAUUGUAGUUAAUUAAAAUAAUGUCUUAAUUAAAUUCUGUGAUAACACUUCUUGAUAAUAACUUUAAAAUAAAUCUUCUCAUAUUAAAUUGUAAAACGCGUUGAAGAAAUGCACCGGUGUAUAAAUCUGUUUCUUUUGUUAAUUAUUACUACAUGGCAGUCAUCUUUGGGCAAAUCAGAAAACGGAGGCCUUCGGUGACCUUCAAACGGUGAACAGUAAGAAUAAUAAACUUGCAUAAUUAAUUGGAAAAGGUAAAACUAUUAUCUUACUACGAUUUAAAAUGAAAUUUCUUUCUUAUCGGCAUGUAUUGGAUUUAAUAAAAUUAACGUUAGCUACUGCCCGUAUUUUAAUCUAUUCUGAAUUGAUUUUUCGGUUGUUAUUUGUCUGAAAAGAGAAUGUUCCAAAUUCAUAAAAAAUCGUACUUGCAAUGAGAUGAAUUCAAUUUUCGGGGUCGUCAUCGUAAAAA